AUGCCCACCUCGAGCUCCACCGAGGUCGAGGUCGCCACCGGUUGGACGACCGGGACCGCGAGCCCUUCUUCUUCUUCUUCUUCCCCGGACAUGAAUUCCAGCCGGAGCUUGCUCUCGUCGCCGCUCUUCCCCACCUCAUCUCCAAACUUCAGGGGCGCCGCCUCCUCCCCAUCCCCCUCCCGCGCAUCAGUUCCGAUGAUACACGACAGCACCGGCGGCAGAGCAUCCACGGCGUGCCACUACUCGCCCUCGCUCGUGGCCGAGGAGCAGGCCCAUGGCUCCGUGUCUUUGAAGGGCGAGAAGGCCUUGCUGGAGUUCCUGCUGGACAUGGCCUUGGAGCAGCACACGGAAGGGAAGACUUUCAAAGCCGAAGAGGGGGCAGAGGGCGAGUUCGAGAGCUAUCUGCGAGGCCUGCAGCGGCAAGUCAUUUACCAGCAGGCCUUUGGUGAAAAGAACAACUUCACCUCUGCAAUCACUUCAACUUCAACGCCAUCGGCAAAAUCAGUUCCAACUUUGGAUCUCGGCGCAACCUCGGUGACCUUGAUGAAGGAGGUGGCCUUUUUGGCAGAUGGAUCAAGACCUUCAACCACCCAGCUGAAUGUACCACCAGUAACGCUUGCAACCAGUGUGGAGUCGACCCACCCGUACGAGAAGCUGCUGAGCAAUGGGCAAGUGUUUAUUCGGUCUACACGGUUGCUUGAGAGAAGAUCCAAGAAGCGGAAUGUUCCUCAGGCAUCAACAAGCAGUACUGAUGUUGUGCAGUGCAGUGUUGCUGAUUCAAAGAAGAAAGAGAAGCCAAAGAAGUAUGGCAGGGUUCUCGGUCCAGAUGAACCCUUCAGGUUGUUCCUACGAGACCGCGAGACGACAGAGUUCUUGACGGCAAAGGAAGAGAGACACUUGUUCAGCCAGAUACAGAAUCUUAUGAAACUGGAGGAGGCUCAGCGUAGGCUAGAAGCGCAGUGUGGCCGCGAGCCGACGCUUCCCGAGUGGGCUCAGGCCGUGGGAAUGAGCUGCAAGGAGCUGCAGUCGUCCAUACACAUCGGAAGGCGCUGCAGGGAGAAGAUGGCCCGCUCCAACUUCCGCCUUGUGAUACACGUAGCUAGGAAAUACCAGGGAUAUGGCCUUGACAUCGAGGACCUAGUUCAGGACGGAUGCUGUGGGUUGAUGAAGACCUUCGAGAAAUUCAAUCCAAGCAAGGGAUGCAGGUUCCCGACGUAUGCGUACUGGUGGAUACGCCAAGCAAUCAAAAAGUCUAUCUUCAAGCAUUCGAGACUGAUUCGGUUGCCGGAGAGUGUGUAUGCACGUCUGAAAAAGGUGGGGAAAGCAAGGCUGGAGUGCAUCUUGGAAGGGGAGCAGCCUACUAACCAAAAUGUAGCUAGGCGUGCCGGCAUCACGAUCGAGAAGCUGGCGAAACUCAAAGCAAAGACCAGAAAGCCACGAUCAAUGCAGGAUCAAGUUUGGUCCAACGACGCAGUCACCUUCCAGGAGAUCACGGAGGACCCGAACAUCGAUCCACCGGACCUGGUGGUGGACAGGAUAAUGAUGAGGCAGCAGGUGCGGGAGUUCCUGGGCGUCCUGACCACGAGGGAGAAGGAGAUCAUCGAGCACCGGUUCGGGAUCUACGACGGUGAGCCCAAGACGCUCCACGUGAUCGGGGACAUGUACGGCCUGUCCAAGGAGCGGAUCCGGCAGCUCCAGAACCGGGCGCUGGACAAGCUGAAGCGGAGCGUGUCCACGCAGGGGUUCGACGUCUACUUGGACCUGCUGACCUCGAAUGGCUAG